AUGGCUUCUGCCACCAAGUCUUUUGUAAGAAUUCUUCUUCUGAGUCUCGUUAGCCAAGGAAUUUGUCUUUGCACCUUGAACGACAUCAUUGUUGGGACCGUCAGAACUGGAAAAGAGAUACAAGGUAAGCCUGAAUGGAAGGUGACAGUUACCAACAACUGCAAAUGCACUCAACACGAACUAAAGCUAGCUUGCAAGGGAUUCCAGUCCGUCGAAACUGUGGAUCCAAACAUCCUUGAGAAGCAAGGUGACAAUUGCCUUGUCAUCAAAGGCAACGCUUUAAAAGGUUUCACUUCAGUUAGUUUCGCCUAUGCUAGGGAUCCUCCUUUUCUAUUGUGGCCUUCUGGGUCCAUUAUUGAGGCCUGUUAG